AUGGCGGGUCCCCUACCAGGCGCGCCUAUAGCAGUCAUAGACGGCACCAUCCAGCUGGUCGGCGAUCUCUCCCUCCUCGGCGGUGGCGGCUCCUUCCCCCCUCCUCCCUCCGCCCACUCCUCCCCUCACCCCCUCUCCACGUCCGCUCCCUUCCCCACACGAGGCAACACCGGCCCCCUCUCUUCGAAUCCCCUUGUUCUCUCUGUGUCUCCACACCCCAGCCCGUCUCCUGGAGUGGCGGCGCGGCCUUGGGGGAUGAAAUCACCUCUGCCAGGUGAAUCGCAGAAAAAAGAUGCGGUACCGUCUCCGUCUCCCCGUUCUGCUGCUGCCCGGCCUUGGGGUAUGAAGUCGCCACUACCAGGUGAGCCACAGAAAAUGGCGCCAGUGUUUAAAGCACCUCAGGAGCCUCAACCAGCAGCGCUUCCAUCAGUGGCUGAAGCACAGAAAACGAGUGCAGGUCUGGUCGGGCCAGGCGUAGCAGGCAUGGACAGCCCCGCAGCGGAAGCAGCAGCAGCGGCAGCUUCUGCAGCCGCGCCUGCUUUGCGUGUGGAUCGGCCGAGACUCGAUGGCACGGUGGAAGGUGGUGGCGCAGUGCUGGGAGCAAGUGAAGCAGCAUCGUCUGCUGCUUCUUAUGGAGAGCCAGGCUCGGGACAGUUUGCGGCUGGUUCGACCGAAGGUGAAGCAGCCUCAGGUAUGGAGGAUAUGGUGUUUGAGAGGAGGGACGUGGAGUCUCAGUUGAAUCCUUUGGAGGGGUCGAGUGGGGGACAGGGAAUAAAUACUGUGUGGUCGGGGAAGUUGGUCCAGGAGUGGAGUGGAAGACGAGGGGGGCUGCAUCUUGCCAGCGUGACUGAAGGCAUUGUGAGUCAAGCCGAUGUGAGAGAGAGAGACACUACUGGCAGUGAGUUGAGAGAUGGUGGGAAGAGAGAUAGUGGGGCUGCUGCGGUGUGUAGAGAGGAGGAUGCUGGUGCUGCGACUUCUGAGUCGACUCCACAAGCAGGAGGCAGCAUGGGAUUGAAUGGUGCUGCGACUGAUGCUGCCACUCGUGCUGCACACACUGCAUCCCUUAGGGAGGACGAGCUGAUGGGUGGGCAGGGGCAAUGGCAGGAGUACGAGCAGCAUCACGGGUAUGGGCAGCAGGAUAACAAUCAUACUGAUCUGCAGCAGCAGCAUCAGCAGCAGCAGCAGCAGCAGCAGCAGCAGCAGCAGCAGCAGCAGCAGCAGUUGGGGGAGCAGCAGGGAGAAAAUAAAGAGGAGGAGGAGGAAAGGGAGGAACAUGAGGAGGAGGAGGAGAAGGAAGAACACGAUGGAGAGUGGGAGGAGGGACAUGAGGAGGACGGGGAGGAGGAGGAGGUGCAAGAGCACGAGGAGGUGUAUGAGUACAUGGGACCCAGCCCAGGUGUGACUAUGCAGCAAUGGGGUACUGUAGGAGGGAUGGGCUCAGGAAUAGGAGCCAGUCCGAGUGUGACUAUGCAGCAGUGGGGCUAUAUGGGAGGGAUGCGCCCAGGGGUAGCAGCAAGCCCAGGUGUGACUGUAACGCAGUGGGGCUCGUUUGCAGGGGGGGGCGGAACGGGAAACGGGUUCGGAGGGCUCGGAGCGAGCCCAGGUGUGAUUAUACAGCCAUGGGGCUCUAUCGCGGGAGCAGCUGGAGUUGGGGCAGCAGCGGCAGAGUCAGGUGCAAGGAUAGGGGCUGAGGCGACAGCAGGUGCAACCCCAGGUGUGACUGUACAGCAGUGGGGCUCUAACGAAGGGGCAGCAGCAGCAGCAGCAGCACCAGCACCAGCAGGACCAACACUAGCAGCAACCCUACCAGGACUGGAAGCCUCCCUAGAGCAGCUGCUACAGCAGAUGAACCCAUCCUCGUUACAAGACGCCAGCGCAAUAAUAGACGCUCUCAGCUUCCAAGCGUCUCUGGCCGCUUCAGCAGGGCACCUGGUGCUCCCAUUCUCCAACAUGCCUGCCCCACACGGACAGAGUGGGGGGAGCCCCGCCUCCUAUGCCCCAACUGCCGCCGCCAAUGCUCCUGCCGCUGCGAAUGCCUCUCCCGCUGUUGCCAAUACUACAGGUGGUUCCGCUAGUGAGGAGCCGCCAGGUUCAGCGUGUGAGCCCAUGGAUAUAUAG